UGCUGUUAGAUUUGGUUAAAACAAUAAUAAUACGAAUAUAAAGAACGCCUGCUCCGAGCUAUGAUAAAAUGGAAAGUAACAAAAAUGAGAUUCCAAUACCAGGUAAAGUCCUCAUUAAUGUUAACGAGCAAACCUGUCGCGUUUGCUUGGAAUCUCACGAAACAACAUUGAGCCUUCACGAUGAAAUUGAGUUUAAUGAUUUGAAUGUUGAGCUGUGGCAGCUGCUAGAAAACGUAUCCAAUUUGAAGUGCGCUUGGAACGAACCCAAUUUACCCACACAGCUGUGUCAGAGCUGCACGCGUCGCCUGAUCAGCGCCUACGAGUUUAUACGAGAAGUAGAAAGGUCCAAUCAAACGCUGCAGGAGUUAUGCAGUAGUAAGGAGCAGGAUCAAUCGGCUGAGGAUCAUGUGGAUGUGGAUGAGUACGAAGAAUUACCGCACCAGGAAGUGGACCUGCUACAAUUGGAAGAAUGUGAAUCAGUCAUUGAGCUGCAAGAGGUGGAGCUGCCGCCUGAAGCCCCGGCCUAUGAGGAAGCGCCGUAUGAGGAAGCUACUUAUGAGGAACCAACGUUUGAGGAACCUGCCUAUGAGGAACCUACAUAUGAGGAGCUGUCUUUUGUGGAACCGCCAUGUGAAGAGUUGCCCAAUAGCGACAACGACCCCAGCGAUUUGGUAACUGAGUCUGAUGCGGACAUAAUUUACGAUGCCGAUCAAUCAGAUGAUCGUCCCUCGCAGCUAGGAAUGCGCCUGGCACAUUCACAAAACUUUAUGUACAAAUGUGCCAGCUGUCCACGCAUUUUUGCCAAAAACAAAUCGCUGUCACGCCACUUUGCAACAGCUCACAGCCAAGCGGCUGAUGUAGCGGCUCAGGAGCUGGCUAAGGAGCACAGCAGCAGUGGCGCACUGAUCUGCGAACAUUGUCCGCGCAUAUUCAAGCGUCAGGAUACACUGCGUAGACACAUGAUUGCAUUUCACCCUGAGGUAGUCGCCGCUAGCGGUUAUUCAGAAGAUGCGAUAAUGAGCGUACCACCAAAACGCGCAGCCAAGCGGCGCGAAUGCCCCCAUUGUGGCAUAAGCUUUCCUGUCUCCAGCCUGACUAUACAUAUACGUCGUCACACUGGCGAAAAUCCAUACAAGUGCGAUCAGUGCGACAGGGCAUUUCCACGCAGUCAAGAUCUUAGUCUGCACAAGCGUCAGCACACUGGAGAGCGCCCGAGCGAAUGCAAAAUAUGCGCCAAGAAGUUCAUUUCGCAAAACAAGUUGGCGCGGCACAUGCGUCUGCAUACUGGCCAUCGACCCUACGCUUGCGAUAAGUGCGACAAGAGUUUUGUGCAAUCUAACGAUCUGAAGAUUCAUAUGCGCCGGCACACGGGCGAACGACCUUAUGCGUGCGGCGUUUGCGGCAAAAGCUUUGUUUGCGGCUCUCUUUUAAACAUUCAUCGCAAUCAGAAGCGACACUAUGAGACUGCAAGGGAAGGAGCUGAUAGCUUCGAUCCUGAUCCCUAUGAAAAUAGUCGCGUGAAUAAGCGUCGCGCCGAGGACAUUGAACGCAUGCGACUCCAGCGAGAGAGCGACACGCACACAGCUAUUCUCCGGCCAUACAGCUGCGGCGUUUGCGGUGAUAACUUCAAGAGCGGAGCCCUACUCACAAUUCAUCGCAAUAAAAUGGCCCACUACGAGAUGGGCAAAGUGGACUACGGUGAUCCCUACGAGCAAAGAAACAAGCAGCAGCAGCAGGCGCACCAGCUCAAACUUGAGCACGAAGAUUAGUUUUUAAAAGCGCAGCACUUAAACAGUUUUUAAUUUAUGGUUAAGUCUUGUCAGAACUACACAAAAAAUGCAAUUUUCCUAGUUACUCAUGAUAGACUUUUUGCAUAUAUACAUAAGCUUAAAUAAUGAUAAAACAGCUAAAUAU